AUGCAGGAGGCGGGGAUGUCUGCGCUGUGGAACACCGUGCACGGGUGGUUCACCCCAUGGGUGCUGUUCCUCGUGCUACACCUCAUCGUAGCCACCAUAUUCGUCACCUCCAGGGCCACGUCCUCGGCGGGGAGCGGAGAAGACGCUCCGGCCGGGGCUGUCGGCGAGAGGAGGAGCCUGUCCCUCGUGGAUUCAAUGGCAAUCGACCGGCCCCACUUCACCGCUCCCGCCCCUGAGGCCCCGGUGACCGGAGUACUGGAUCUGGGACAGCCCGACGAGCAACCGCCGCCGCUCCAGAUUGAGCCGGAGGAUCAGGGUGACCACGACGCGUUUACAAAAGAGGGUGAGCACGACGAGCACACGCACAUGGAGAGGAGCAUGUCGGAGGCGGCGGUCGAGGCCGAACUGCCGCGGCUGCCGACGCGGCUGCGCAAGUCUGCGAGCGACAAGCCGGCGUUCGCGCACUUCGUGGCCGAGUCGGACACGAAGGAGGUGGAGGCGCGCAGGCAGGCGACGAGGAGGGACGCGGAGCGCCGCCGUCCCCUGGUGGCGGAACCGGAGGAGCCGGCGUCGGAGGUGGAGAUCGAGGAGGCCGGCGGCGAGGUGGACGCGCGCGCUGACGAAUUCAUCAACAAGUUCCACCACCAGCUGAAGAUGCAGCACAUGGACUCAUUCAUGCGCUCCCAGAAGAGGCUCCACCGCCGCCGGGCAACUGUGGCGCCAGAGGCGUCUUCCGCGGCCGCAGGUGCUCCGUGA